AUGGAGACAUGGGAGCGGGAUGAGCCGCGGUGUCGAGAGAAGAAGGUGCACGUGCAGAUGGCCAACAUGCCGGGCGACGCUCCGGUGCGCCGACGCCGAACGACGCCGCAAAAGCCCGUCGUCAACAAUUACGCGGCGGCGUUCUCGGCCCAAGCCAAGGUCGAGCGGAUCCAAGACCACAAAGUCAACCUCCUCCGAGCGUUUGAGUUGAUUGAAAAGCAACGACCCGAGAGCAUCAAAGCGAGCAAGAGUGCGCCCAAGCUGCGGACGCUGCACCGGACAACGUCGACGCAAGCCACCGUACCAGUCUUUGACUUGUCCGAGCUCAUGGCGUAUGCCAACAUGUCGCCACCCAAGCCCGAGCUACCGCGCACAUCGUCGCGCAAGGUCGCCGCACUCGCCAAACUCGACCGGCCGCAGUCGGCCAAAGCGCCGACGCCUGCAAAGGCGGCCAAGUGCAAACGACCACAGUCGGCUACGGACCGGGGACAACGCCACGUUGAGAGCCAAGUCCAGCGGGUCUUGGACCGGUACUAUGCGAAAUUUCAGCCGCAUCUACCAGACGUCAAGACGUGGGCCGUGCCGCUCAGUGACCAGCGCGCACCGACACCGUGCGAGGAAGGCGCCACGAGUCGUCUGCCGCAUUUUCACAUGAAUUUUCGCGGACUGCCGCUGCGAAAUGGAGGCAUUCCCGGGUUCGAUGUGCCGACUACCCCAAGCACGUUUGCGCUGCAGACGUUUGUACCGCGCAUGCUCGUCUCGGUCGACUUGGCUGGAACGCAAUUGACCGACGCCGGGUGCUACGCCGUGGCCACGCAACUCAUCCACGAACCGUCCAUCACGAGCCUCGACGUACGGUCCAACGCACUCACUCUGGAUGGCAUCCACGUCCUCCUCGACGCCGUGCAGUGUCGGGCCAUGUACCACGCUCUCAACCACCGAUUGGCACCGGUCACGACACUCCUUUUGGCCAACGCCGGCGUCGACAUGGACAAGGUCCAGCGUCUCGUGACCACCGCCAACCUCUCCGUGGUCGUCGUUGCGCCGGACGACGCCGACUGCGCCACGCUCGGUGUCGAGCAGCUCUUACGCGACCAACUACAAGAAGGUCCCGACACGUCGGUGGCCAUAAACGAGACACUCGCCCCGUCGCUCCGACUGCAGCGCCUACCGUCGUGCCACCCACCGACGCCAUCCGUGUGA